GUGUGCCGGUGCCGCCGAGGCUCCGCGCCGGUCCCCGCCCGGCGCUCGGCCGUCUGCCCCGUGGGGCUAUGAGGCCGUAGGGCCCGCGGGCCGGAGCAGCUUUCCGCCGCCAGCAUGUUCGGCCGUUCCCGCAGCUGGGUGGGCGGCGGGCACGGGAAGGCCGCCCGCAGCAUUCACUCCUUGGACCACCUGAAGUACAUGUAUCAUAUUUUGACUAAAAAUACAACAGUAACAGAUCACAACCGCAACCUGCUGGUGGAGACCAUUCGUUCCAUAACAGAGAUCCUUAUCUGGGGGGAUCAGAAUGACAGCUCAGUGUUUGACUUUUUCUUGGAGAAGAAUAUGUUUGUUUUCUUCCUGAACAUCCUGCGUCAGAAGUCUGGUCGUUAUGUGUGUGUGCAGCUGCUGCAGACUCUGAACAUCCUUUUUGAGAACAUCAGCCAUGAAACAUCCCUGUACUACCUGCUCUCUAAUAACUAUGUGAAUUCUAUUAUUGUCCACAAAUUUGACUUUUCUGAUGAAGAGAUCAUGGCAUAUUACAUCUCAUUUCUGAAAACUCUUUCCCUGAAACUCAAUAAUCAUACUGUACAUUUCUUUUAUAAUGAGCACACUAAUGACUUUGCUUUGUACACUGAAGCUAUUAAAUUUUUUAACCACCCCGAGAGCAUGGUCAGGAUUGCUGUUAGGACUAUAACUUUAAAUGUCUACAAAGUGUCAUUGGACAACCAGCCUAUGCUGCAUUACAUUCGAGAUAAAACCGCAGUUCCUUAUUUCUCCAACCUCGUCUGGUUUAUUGGCAGCCACGUGAUAGAACUGGAUAACUGUGUGCAGACUGAUGAAGAGCACAGAAAUAGGGGCAAACUGAGUGACCUGGUAGCAGAACAUCUUGAUCACUUGCAUUACCUUAAUGAUAUCCUUAUCAUUAACUGUGAAUUUUUAAAUGAUGUGCUGACAGACCACCUACUUAAUAGGCUCUUUCUUCCCCUCUACGUGUAUUCAUUAGUAAAUCAAGACAAGGGUGGAGAGCGUCCAAAAAUAAGUCUCCAGGUUUCUCUCUAUCUUCUUUCUCAAGUUUUUCUGAUUAUACAUUAUGCUCCCUUGGUGAACUCCUUGGCUGAGGUUAUACUCAAUGGGGACCUUUCAGUGUUUUCUUCUAAGGUUGAGCAAGAUACACAGAAAAACUCAGCAAAGUCAAGUAUCAGAUGUUUCAUAAAACCAACUGAAACACUUGAGAGGUCUCUUGAAAUUAACAAACAGAAAGGGAAGAAGAGGAUGCAGAAAAGACCCAACUAUAAAAAUGUUGGUGAAGAAGACGAAGAGGAGAGAGGAUCUGAAGAUAACCAAGAUGACCUUGAUAAAAGUAAAGGUACAGAAGCAAGUUCAAAGGGCGUAAGAACAAGCAGUGAAAAUGAAGAAAUAGAGAUGGUAAUCAUGGAGAGAUGUAAGCUGUCAGAGCUGUCUAUCUCUGCUGUGACAGAACAGAAUACAACAGAUGAAGAAAAGAGUGCAGCUGCUUCUGGGAGUGAGAUAACAAACUGGAACAGGCCUUUUCUUGAUAUGGUCUAUAAUGCACUGGACUGUCCUGAAGAUGAUUACUAUGCCCUCUUUGUGCUCUGUCUUCUAUAUGCAAUGUCACACAACAAAGGACUUGACUCAGUCAAGCUGGAGAGAAUUCAACUUCCAGCUCAACAUGCUGAAGAGAGAAAUUCAUAUAAUCAUGUCCUUGCAGAAAGGCUCAUCAGGAUAAUGAAUUAUGCUGCACAACCAGAUGGAAAAAUUCGUUUGGCAACUUUAGAACUUGGCUGCCUAUUGCUGAAGCAGCUUGUGUUUUCUAAAAAUGGCAGGAUCAUAAAAAAUGUUCACCUUCAUUGUCUUGAGGGUGCAAGGGAGGAAAGUGUUCAUCUCCUCCGUCGUUUCUAUAAGGGAGAAGAAAUCUUUCUGGAUAUGUUUGAAGAUGAAUACCGGAGUAUGACAAUGAAACCUAUGAAUGUCGAGUACUUGAUGAUGGAUGCCUCGAUCUUGCUACCCCCAACGGGCACACCACUGACUGGUAUUGAUUUUGUGAAAAGGUUGCCUUGUGGAGAUGUGGAAAGAACUCGAAGAGCAAUCAGAGUUUUCUUUAUGCUCCGUUCACUGUCACUGCACUUGCAAGGUGAGCCGGAAACUCAGUUACCGCUCACAAGGGAGGGAGAUCUGAUAAAGGCAGAUGAUGUUCUUGAUUUGAACAACAGUGAUCUGAUUGCUUGUACAGUCAUAACAAAGGAUGGGGGUCAAGUUCAAAGAUUCCUCGCUGUGGAUAUUUACCAGAUGAGUUUGGUUGAACCAGAUAUUGCCAGGCUCGGAUGGGGAGUAGUUAAGUUUGCAGGCCUUCUGCAGGAUAUGCAGGUGACCGGAGUAGAGGAUGACAGCAGAGCUCUGAACAUCAUAAUUCACAAACCUGCCUCAAGUCCUCAUUCGAAGCCCUUCCCGAUCCUCCAAGCCACGUUUAUUUUUGCGGAUCACAUUCGCUGCAUCAUCGCCAAGCAGCGCCUGGCCAAAGGCCGCAUCCAGGCUCGGCGCACGAAAAUGCAGAGAAUAGCAGCUCUCCUGGAUCUUCCUGUUCAGCCUUCAACUGAAGUUAUGGGUUUUGGACACAGCUCUGGAGCUGCAGCCCAACACCUCCCAUUUAGAUUCUAUGACCAGUCCCGGCGUGGGAGCAGUGACCCGACAGUGCAGCGCUCUGUCUUUGCAUCUGUUGAUAAAGUCCCAGGCUUUGCUGUAGCCCAGUGCAUAAAUCAGCACAGUGCAUCCCCGCUCUCGUCACCAUCCCCUUCCAGUGGCAGUGGCAGUACAGGGCGCUGUGAUUCAGUGACUGCAAGCUCGACAUCCACUCCUUCUGCUGCUCAGAGCCCAGCAGGUCUGGCAGGAAAGGACGCCGGCGGGUGUUUAGUCUGUCGGAGGCUGACAGUCACGGUGGACACUGGGUUUAGGCCUUCCAGCAGCAGCUGCAGCAGAAACUCCCGCAAUACCCACUCAGAUGAUGCUUCAGCUCCAGAGCAGCCUCUGAUGGCCAGUUCCGGUCAGACCAUGUUGACUGAUGAAACUCUUUCAGCUGUCUCAAAGUCCAGCAAAAAUGCUGUAAAAAUCAGUGACAUAGAAACAGCCAACCUGUCUCCCAGCCUGAUUCCUGCACAGCAGCCCACAAUAUCCUUAAUCACAGAUGACAACACAGACACGCUGAGUGUGGAGUCGCUCACACUGGUGCCACCAGUUGAUCCACACAGCAUUCGAACAUUCAGCUGCAUCCCUCAGGCCUCUUUGCAGUCUGAAGUUGAAGUUGACAAGGUAAAAGAGGUAGAGGAAGAAUGUUCUGACUAAAGCCACCAUGCAGACUGUAAUAAACAGUGAAGGAAGUGCAGCCAAAUUGUGAUUUGCUUUUUCUCUGGGAGUGCAGAUACUUCUGGAGGCCUGAGAGGCCUCAAGUCCGCAUGAAGGGACCAACUGGUGACAGAGAAUGUCAGCAGCUUUUAGAGCCAACAUCAGAUUCUCAGCAUAUCUGAACUGGAGAAGAGAUAAAAACCCCAAACUUUUGAAUCUGGACUGGUUCUUUCCUACCAAUUUCUGUUAUGCAAGAACAUGAACGUAUUUCAGAGGACCUACUGUCUUUCUAAUAGGUACUAAUUCAUUGUAAAAGGUCUACAGUAUUACAGCAGAGUGAAGAGAUUUUUGGAUACCCAGCUUCAUGGUACUGCAUUAUUACGUCUCUGAAGCGGGAGACGUGCCAUGGACCAGAAAAAAAUUAUAUAUUGUAGGACAGAGGUAAAACUUCCAUUUGAGUCAGGGUGUGUUUUUUCAGUUUGGUGUUUGGUUUGGGGUUUUUUUGUGGAGGAGGGUUUUUGGGUUUUUAUUUGGUUUUUUUGUUUGGUUGGUUUUGUUUUUUAAUCCUGAUUUUGUUCAUCUUUUGGACGUCUGCACCAUACCAGCAGGCUUGGCCACUUUCAGUAUUGUCUUUGUAGGACUUCAGACUUCAAUAUUAUGUUUUCCAUAUGUAAUAUUUAUUUCAAGGCUUGAUUCAAAGCUAAGAUACAAUGCUUGUUCAAAUUAACAUAAGGGAUUUUUGAGACUACUUUAGUCUUUGCUUAGCCAGCUAGAGAGGAAUGUAAAAUAUUUUAAAAGAUUGCUAUAGCUUGUUUGUUCACUUCUGACAGUCAAAUUGCUACACAUCUGAGGAAUGCUGAUAUCCCUGCAACUGAAAGACAACUUCAAGAAGCAGACAGAAGCAGUUUUGCUCUAAAGAGAUUUUUCAAAUUUUUCCUAGUCAUGUAGGAAGAAGGUCACCAUAUCUAACUGAUAAUUCCUUUGCAAGUCUGAACUCGAAAGGUAUUGUGUAAUUUUUUUUUUUCCUGUCUGGGAUAAUAACCCAGUUAAACAACAUUGCUACCUAGAAGGGAUUCUGAGUUAACAUUACUUCCUAGAUCCUGACACCAAGUUGACAGAAAGGGGAAAGGUGUUGAUUAAAGUUUGGAAUGUUCUUUGCUGAUUUGAUACAUAAUUUAACAUGAAUGGAGUUUAAGAUUUUUCAUCAAUCUCCAGUAAGUUAAUUUAAAUUAGUAGUAAAAUGAGCAGAUUGUCAUUGCUGGUCUGUUCACAACACUGAAUUGGCAAUUCCCCAGAGAAGGAGGACUGCUGUUCACUUGGUAUUGAUUUCAGUCACCACUGCAAUCUGUUCCCUCAUUCUGUCUCUACCACCAUUGAGUUCUUAUCAAAGAGGUGAAUCUGAAAAACUUACCCACUUCCCAGUUGCUUAUUGUACCUCUUCCUGGCUGUCAUAGGAAAUACUUGAAGUGAUGUUUCAAUGGUAUAUAUAUGUAUGAGUUUGACUAAUUCACAGGUACCACUUUUCUCACUUUUUUCCAUCUUCUCCUUCACAUAAUAAUUGAAUGUUUGCCAACCAGGUAUAUGAGGUGUCUGCUACUGAAUGCCAGUAAUUUUUUUCUUCUUAAUAACUUUUUCAUGCAGUUUUGUUGAUUUCUAUUGUUCUGUGACUUCUACUUUCUCUCAAAUUGAAUUAACUGAUACUCUGACCAUUCCAGAGUGGCCCAAACUCUAAAUGAACUCAGAGUUAGGUGUCCUCAGCACUGCAAUGGAUUUUGUGUAAAAAUUUGACAUUGUUGGAAUAAGAGCCUACUUUUUGGGUUUUUUGGUCUCAUGCUUAGGGUGAAUUUGCACUCAUGCAGUCACUGUUGCAGGUAACGUGCAUGUACCUGAACAAGCCUAGACAUCAGCAGCAAUUUGGGCACAAGGACCACAUGAAUUUUUGUUAGCUGAACUGGUUGCAAUCUAGACUUUCUUUAGAAUGUUGCAGCAUUACACUGUAGUCUCAGUAAUAUUCUGAAGACCCUUAUAAAAAAAGCCUUACUUAAUUUGAAAGCAUUUUAUGUUAGCUGUUAACCUUAAAUUCUUGACCUAGAUUACACAAAAUGCCACUGUGCAGGCUGAGUUCCCUUAAAUAGAAUUCAUUUUAGACAAGAAAACCUUGGUCUUUGUUUAUCUCAUUUCACAUUCGGUUCUAGCAAGAUUAGACCCAUGCAUGAGGAGUCUCUUCAAUGCACAAGCAUAAUCUCAUCCCUGGGCUGCACUGCACAAGAAAUGGGGCAAAGGGGAAGAAAGUUGACUUUGUACUUUUCGUUACCUUUGAGUGGCUCUUAAAUCUCAUGAUCGGUUGUCUAGUGAGAGCUUCACAGGAGAUGACUGAGAUAGACACUAUUAUUAGGGAAAUAGAAGACUACUGUGGAGUCUGCUUCUGGCACAGCCUUGCCCUGCUCAAGUGGUGGUCAGGUGGGGUAUUUUCCAGCAGCUCUGUCCAAAACUCUCUGCAGAGAUGGAAUUAUAGUAGGAAAGCUCUGACUGCACCAGCUUUACCAACAUUGGGUUGUUACAUAAACACUGCAGCUGACCUUAAACUCAGACCCUAAAUCUGAGUGCCACAGAAGAAAUUGAUUUUUGACUUUGCUUCUGAUAUUAAGGCAUAUGUGUCUAACAUUUAUGCUUCAUGCUGCAUUAGGAGACUUCAGAAUGCAAAACUGGAGAUACCAAAACAAUCUGCCACUGGCAAUUUUUAAGCUCUGCAAGUACAGAGUUACUCAUUUA